AUGCCUUCCAUUGUGUUAGCAGAAUCUCAAUUAUCUGACGAGAACAAGAGAGUGAAGAAAGCAGCUGAAUUUGCGGAGAUGGAGGUGGACGCCAAGUCCGCUGAUAAAAAGAUCAAAAAGGAGAAAAAGUCUGCCAAAAAGACGAGAAUAGCCUCCGAGCCUGAUCCAGACGAUUCUAAUUCCAACAGUGUCCCCAAAAAGGGGAAAGAAAAGAAGCGAAAGGCUUUGGAGAUUGCCUCCCGCGGCGAAGACGAUGGUGGUGAGGAGAAGAGCGACAUUAGCUCCAACUCCAAGAUGGACGAGCCGAUGAAUGAUUUGGGAAAGAAGAAAAAGAAGAUGAAGCUCGAGGAAAAUGGAGUGGAGGAAAAAGAGGAGAAUCCGAAUGCUGUUUCGAAUUUUCGUAUCUCAAAGCCGCUGAGGGAUGCGCUGAAGGCCAAGGGUAUUGAGUCUCUGUUUCCGAUUCAAGCGAUGACCUUUGAUAUGAUACUUGAUGGUUAUGAUUUGGUUGGAAGGGCUCGAACUGGUCAGGGUAAAACGCUGGCUUUCGUGUUACCUAUAUUGGAAUCGUUGACAAACGGGCCAGCGAAAGCAUCCCGUAAGACUGGGUAUGGAAGGGAGCCUAGUGUUCUUGUACUUUUACCCACUAGGGAAUUGGCCACUCAGGUGUUUGCCGACUUUGAAGUGUAUGGUGGAGCUUUGGGGUUGAAUUCAUGUUGCCUGUAUGGGGGUGCUCCAUUUAAUCCACAACGUGAUCAAUUGAAAAGAGGUGUUGACCUGAUAAUUGGCACACCUGGUCGCAUUAAGGAUCACAUUGAGAGGGGGAAUAUCGACUUUAGAGCAUUGAAGUUUCGUGUUCUUGAUGAGGCCGAUGAAAUGUUGAGGAUGGGUUUUGUUGAAGAUGUCGAACUUAUCCUAGGCAAGGUAGAGGAUGCCAGCAAGGUGCAGACACUUCUUUUCAGUGCCACUUUGCCCCCGUGGGUUAAGCAAAUAUCUGCCAAAUUUUUAAAACCAGACAAGAAGACUGCUGAUCUUGUCGGUAAUGAGAAAAUGAAGGCCAGCACCAGUGUAAGGCACCUUGUUCUUCCUUGCUCUGCGACGGCCAGAUCUCAGCUUAUCCCUGAUAUCAUUCGCUGCUAUAGUAGUGGUGGUCGAACUAUUAUUUUCACCGAGACCAAGGAUUCUGCUUCCACACUUGCUGGAGUACUUCCUGGAGCCCGUGCUUUGCAUGGUGACAUCCAGCAGGCUACUCGUGAGGUUACACUAGCUGGAUUUAGAUCUGGUAAAUUUUCGACUCUUGUAGCUACAAAUGUAGCAGCACGAGGAUUGGAUAUUGAUGAUGUGCAGCUAAUUAUUCAGUGUGAACCGCCUCGUGAUGUGGAGGCAUAUAUCCAUCGGUCUGGGAGAACUGGGAGAGCCGGCAAAAGUGGUGUUGCUGUGAUGCUUUAUGAUCCACGGAAGUCCAAUUUCUCUAGGAUAGAAAGAGAAUCAGGGGUCAAGUUUGAACAUAUAUCAGCUCCGCAGCCAGCUGAUAUUGCAAAAACUGCUGGUGCUGAAGCUGCAGAUAAAAUUAACGAGAUAUCAGAUAGUGUGAUUCCUGUAUUCAUGACUGCUGCUGAAGAGCUUCUAAACUCAUCUGAUCUAACCCCAACUGAGUUACUUGCUAAGGCGCUGGCCAAGGCUGCUGGCUAUACUGAGAUUAAGACUCGUUCUCUGCUCACUUCUAUGGAGAAUUGUGUGACUGUACAACUCGAUUGUGGAAAGCCCAUUUUUAGUCAAUCCUUUGUUUAUGGAAUUCUGCGGAGGUUUUUACCGGAUGAUAAAGUUGAGUCAAUCAAGGGUCUUUCCCUGACUGCUGAUAGCAAGGGUGCUGUGUUUGAUGUGGCUGCCAAUGAUUUAGAUGCUUUCCUCGAAGGCCAACAAAAUGCUGCUGGUGUAAGCCUGGAAGUGGUGAAGACUUUGCCGCCUUUGCAAGAAAGAGAGCAACCGAGAGGAAGAUUCGGUGGCGUUGGCGGUCGCGGUCGUGGCCGCGGUGGUGGCCCUUCCGACAGGCGGUUUUCCGGUGGCAGAGGCGGAUAUCCCAGAGGUUCAAGUGGAGGAAGGGGAGGACGUGGCAAUAGCAAUAACCGUAGAUGGUGA